AAUUUCACUAGUCAGUUAUCUCAUUAGUCAUUAUCUUUUAUGUUCGUAAAUUCAUUAAUAAUUGCUCUAAAGAAGCGAAAACAUUGAAAAUUAAUAAUUUAAAUUUUCUGUCCAACAGUCAACCUUUUAUUCAUAAACCAUGGGUAAAUCUACCGAACCCAAAUCCGACGGAGAUAAGCAAAAGAAUACCUUGGACAUAGGUCUGUUGGAAGAAGACGAUGAAUUCGAAGAGUUCCCAGUAGAAGAAUGGACUAGCCAAGAUGAAGAAGAUAAAGAGGCUAAUGUUUGGGAAGAUAAUUGGGACGAUGACAAUGUCGAGGAUGACUUCAGUGUUCAAUUAAGAGCUGAAUUUGAAAAGCAAAAUAUUCCUGCUACCUUUUAAUUCAUCUGCUGGUCCAUAAUGUGGUGUGUUUCGUUAAAUACGUGUACAAAUAAAAAAUUAUAAUUUCAUACAGUUAAUAUAGCAUUAUUACUAUUUAUUAUA